UGUGAGGACAGUACUAGAGGUCUGGAGUAACUACACAGGGUCCUGUAGGGCCAGGGUGUUACAGGCUAGCCCAUCCCUUCCAGGAUGGCGACAGACGUCUUACGCAGCACGAUCGGCCCCUCAGCGCCAUCGUGUCCUGUUCAUGUUCGGCUCGCCCAUACCUUCCAGGAUGGCGACAAACGUCAUAUGCAUCACGAUCGGUCCCUCAGCGCCAUCGUGUCCAGCUCAUGUUCGGCUCGUCCGUCCCUUCCAGGAUGGCGACGAAUGUCCUAUGCAUCGCAAUCGGCCCCUCAACGCCAUCGUGUCCUGUUCAUGUUCGGCUCGCCCAUACCUUCCAGGAUGGCGACGAACGUCCUAUGCAGCACGAUCGGCCCCUCAGCGCCAUCAUGUCCUGUUCAUGUUCGGCUCGCCCAUUCCCUCCAGGAUGGCGAUGGAUGUCUUAUGCAGUACGAUCGGCCCCUCAGCGCCAUCGUGUCAAUCUUUUAUCCAGCUCGCCCAUCCCUUCCAGGAUGGCGACGAACGAUUUAUGCAGCACGACCGGCCCCUUAGCGCCAUCGUGUCCAGAUCACGUGCGGCUCGUACAUCCCUUCCAGGAUGGCGACGGACGUCUUACGCAGCACGAUCGGCCCUGCAGUGCCGAUCACUGCAGGACCGAUCGUGUCCAGAUCAUGUGCGGCUCGUACAUCCCUUCCAGGAUGGCGACGGACGUCUUACACAGCACGAUCGGCCCUCCAGUGCCGAUCGUGUCCAGAUCAAGUGCGGCUCGUACAUCCCUUCCAUGAUGGCGACGGAUGUCUUACACAGCAUGAUCGGCCUUGCAGUGCCGAUCGUGUCCAGAUCAUGUGCGGCUCGUACAUCCCUUCCAGGAUGGCGACGGACGUCUUACGCAGCACGAUCGGCCCCUCAGCGCCGUCAUGUAUAGUUCACGUUCGACGUAAGACCAUACCAUGGCAACGAACGUCUUAUGCAGCACGCUCGGCCCCUCAGCGCCGUCGUGCCCGGUUUACCGAUGAUAUUCACCGCUUUGUAUCACAUCUUACAUGCCUUCUCUCAUACAUUGCACCCAUACAUUACAUGCAUUCAUACAUUCAUGCAUCAUAUCUCAUACAUCCAUACAUACAUAUACAUCAUAUCGAGCCAGUUCCGCGUCGUCACCUUAUAUUGUGCAGGGACCUCUAAGCUUCUCCAUUGGAAAGCUCGAGUCAGAGUCCUCUACUCCCACCUGAUACAUUUAGGGGGAGAGUGUCCGAGGAAGAGCAUCCCUUGCCCGACCCCGUCGAGAGGGGAGCGCCUUACCGGCAGGUUAUAUUCAGAGGGGCUGUAACACCCCGAUUUUAGCGAUCUAGUUACAUUAAUAUUUAAUUUUAGUUAGUCAGUUAAAUAAGUUUAUUUUAUGAAUAAUGUGAUUUAUUAUGUUAUCAUGUGUUGUUUGUGGCAGAUAGCGUUUGUCGGUAAGCUCUAAAAACAAAAAUAAAAAGUUUUGACAUAUAUUAUUUAAAGGUCGAAUAAUUUUUAAUUGGAUUACAAUAUUUUUUUGAGAGAUUUAUAAAGACCCAAAUCACUAAUCUCAGCCCGAAUUUAUAUUUUACCUAAAAAUCCCUAAGGAGAUAUAUAUCAUCAUAGAAACCCUUAAGCUCUAGACAGCAGUCCGUUUUUGUUCCCCUGGCCUCCAGAAACUCUUCUCUUCUUUGAACUCUCCGACGAAGCAUCCAGCACUACCAUCUGUUUUCAUCUUAAAACUGGUAAGUCUAUAUUGUUCACGCCUCUAAAUUUGAUUCUUCCUAAAAGAUUUUGAUUUGUGAGAGCUUCACUACGUACUAGUUGCCUGGGAUUAGGGAGGGAUUUGAAAAUUAACCCAUGUGUUCCUUACAUUAAACUUCUAGUUGAGGAGUUGUCAAAUUGAACACAAUGGUUUAAAAUUUUUAUCCAAACCAUCGGUUUUACAGGAGAGAAGUAUUAGGCUGCAAUUUUUCUACCGUGUGUAAGGGUCAUAAUUUUUAUAAGGUCUGAUUUUGAAUUUAAGUUAGGAGUUUAAGUUCCCUGAGCUCUUAUUCAUAUGGUGAAAAAAAAAGAUCUUACCCUUCUUAAGAAAGUUCAUAUUCAUACGAACGUAUUUACUGAUAGCCGACUAAUUGACUAAUGGAGCAAGUCUAUUUCAUUCUGUUCAUUAUUUUCCAAAUUUAGAAAAUUAAUUUACUUUUACUCUAAAAAAAUAUACAUUUAGAGCUAGUUUAAGUCGAAGUAGACUUCACUAAUAAAUAAUCAGAACUAGUAUUCUUUCGAAACUUUAUGUUACAAAUCCUUGAGAAAAUUCAUUUUUGUUUAAAGAAAAUUCCAAAAGAACAGUAUUAGCCACUUUUGGAAUUUUAUGAAAGGAUAGAAAGUUCUAAUUAGGUUAUUACGUGUGAUUAAAGAUUUAAGGUGGAGCUUACCGGAAGAAGUUAUCAAGGUGCCACACUUAUUUGAAUAUUUUGUGUUCAGCUGUUAACAGAUACUAAAGCUAAGGGUAAGGCCAAGGCCUAGGAAGAUGAUGAGGGAACAGAACGCGUGCCGAAAUGAGUUAACGGGAACGACCUUGGCAGUAUCUAGCUAGUUAUUAUUGUUUAAGUAUAGUUGUUAUAAUAAAGUGAUUAUUAUUACUUUAUUUUAUUUUAAGGAUUUGAAGUUUGAAUAAAUUCCUGGAUCCAGGUGGUUGUCACAUUUGCUGGUGAUAACUAUAUUUUAUUAAGUUUUUAUUUGGAGUUGUUUUAGUUACUUUUGAGAUUUUAUCAGGGUUAUUUUCUUAAAUAGACGGCCGUUAUAUUGCAAUUAUUUUUAAAAGUAAUAAGUUAGUGUAACGUAUCCUUUAACCCUGAGAGGGGCGUUACAGGGGCAGACACCCACUCAUAUAUUAUGAUUAUUCGAAGACACAAUUUCCAGCAAGACAGAGGAAGAGCGCAGGCAAGAGUAUAUUUUCUCGAGCAGAUUCGCAGGCUCACUACUCAAGAAACUGGGGGACUUGUGUUGGGAUAUAUUAUCCCGGCCUAUUACUGUUCAGGAGCCCAAAGACUUACGUAGUACGGAGCCCAAUCAGUGAGGCCCAUUUUAGCCUAUCAGGCCUGUUUCGGCCCAUUUCGGCCCAUUCGGCCCGUUAGGGUGGAGAGCCCCCCCCCCCCCUUAUCUAUAAAUAGGAGGUGUUCCCUCCAUAUUAAGGAUCUCUUUUUAGCUUCUUCUUCCUUAUUUCUCUCUAGCUAGCUUUAUCCUCCAUUAAUGGAGCUUCAACAUUUGUACCUUGUAAUGGUGAGGAGAGUCCUAAUAAGAAAGAGAGGGCUUGGACAUUACCCUAAAAAGUCCCGUGGUUUUCUCCAUUUCGGGUUUCCAUGUAAAAAUAGCUUGUUCAUACACAUUUAUACAUAUAUGGGAAAACUAUCAAAUAAGUCCUCCUACUAUACCCACAAAUUCAAUUAGGUCCUUCUACUUUAAAUUCGAUCAAUUAAAUCCUCCAACUACUGAAAAAUAGUCAAUUGAGCCAUUCAACCGGUAAAGAACAAAUCCUCCGGUUAAAUGCCUAUGUGUAACAUCCACUUGGUUUUAUCUUCUAUUUUUCUUUCUCUUUCAUUCUCGUUCUUCCACUCCAGUCCCCUGGUUCUACACUUCGUCCUUCAAUUGUCUCCCUAUCUCAUUUCUUCUUCCGCCUAUCUGAAAUGCUCGUACACAAGUCUUGGAGAACCAGGCCUCCAUGGUGAGCGCCCAGAACUUCGCAAGGAACACCAUGGCGUGGCGGCAUCAUCCUCUAGAUCUGCGAUAUCCUCAUCGAUGAGGCCAUCAACGGUGCCACUCCGCCCACCCCUGGAAGAAGUACUCACAGACCAUCAUCAUGAAGCUGUGCAUCGAAAGCUCCAUUAACCCCAUCACCACCGGCCGGUCGUUGUGGGCAGCUUCAGACCGGACACCGUACUUGCUUGUAUGCAGACGACCAGAACAGAGGCACCAGAGCUAUUACCGGAAAAAAGGUUGACCGGAAGAGUAGGCAGAAGCACCAACAUCGCCGGAGUUUAUCUUCAGAAAGAUGGAUGACUGAACCAGAACUUAAGCCGCGCCCACUUGAACUUCGUACGACUCUGAGAUGCCCACCGGAAAAUGAGUCCAUCCGAAGUGGACAGUUAAUUGAACCACCGAAAAAGAGGGCUGGGGUGGAAGAAGAAACCUGAGGGAUAACGGGUCAAAAAGAAAAAGAAUUACAAAAAGAAGAAAAAAAAAUGAAAACCAUAUCCAUGUCGACAGUCCACGUAGGUGGGUUAACCGAAAGACUUGGUCUUUACCGGUUGAAAGAUUCAAUUGACUGUUUUUUCUUAGUUGGAGGGUUCAAUUGAUCGAAUUUAAAGUACGAGGACUUAAUUGACUUUUUUGGUACAGUAAGAGGACCUAUUUGGCAGUUUUUCCUACAUAUAUUUACUAUAUCGUGUUAGAUUAAACUCAACACAUGCCUUGAAAGAAAAAACAAAAAGUAGAGAUACAUUAGCAAUUAAAUUUCUUGCCGGAUUUCAAUUUGCAGUUGAUAUAAUGUUGUUGAAUUUAUUGUGGAACCUAAUCGCAUUCCGCAGAUACGGUUGGUAAGUUUUGGCUUCCGGGUGGGUUGCUUUAUACUACGUAUCAAUUAAGAGCCGCACCAAGUUUAUGUGGUGAGUCAAACCUCGUGUCGAUUGGGUAUAAAAAGUAAUCAGUUUCAUCUCGGGGUUUCUUGGAGUGACUUCUUGUGACCAUGGGAUGUGAAGUGUAUCCCACUUCAUAGUAUAGUUGUGUAUCCUCAUGAGCUGUGGAUAGUUUAUUGAAAUUGCUCUUUGAGAUUUGUUUCCUGUUUCUUACCUGUGUGAAUCCCACGGGGCAUUCCUCCUCGGUUGUCAUAGUAUCUGUAUCAGUUGACAAAUUAUGUAAAUCAGAGAGGACCUCAGAGAGUAUUUCAUUAUUGGACAAAUUCGGGGUGACUGUAGUAUAAUCUUUGGGCGGAUCAUAAUUGAAUUCAUC